UUGACACAGACAUUGUAGAAGACGUGGUUUGUUUUGAUGAUUUGCUGAAAACCAUUUUCCUUCCUACAGUUUUAGACAACAUGCAAGAUUUACCCAAGAUUAAUUCCACUGAAGGUUUUUAUGACGAUGAUUUUACAAACUAAAACAAAGAUGAAAGUAAAUUUUACACAGGUUUGGUAUUUCACUUUAAGUGCCUACUUGGAUCUCGGUUCUUGCACAUAUUUCAUUUUUAUACUUGUUCUGAAUAUGUAUGUCCUGAUCAUUGGUUGUAAUGUUGUUCUGAUUGUGGUUAUCUGCAUGAACAGGAGUUUACAUGAACCUAUGUACAUGUUUCUGUGCAGCCUGUUUGUAAAUGAACUGUAUGGUAGUACAGGCUUGUUUCCAUUCCUGCUGAUCCAGAUUCUGUCAGAYGUUCACACUGUUUCUGCUCCGCUCUGUUUCCUGCAGGUCUUCUGUCUGUAUUCAUAUGGAAGUGUGGAGUUUUUAACUCUAGCUGUCAUGUCUUAUGACAGAUAUGUCGCCAUUUGUUUUCCUCUGCAGUAUAACACUGUGAUGACGUCUAAAAAGACCGUUAGACUUGUUGUUAUCAUGUGGUUUUACCCUUUUUUCAGUAUUGCCAUUCUCUUAUCAUUAAGUGUAGGUUUGCCACUGUGUGGCAACAUCAUCAACAAGAUUUAUUGUCAUAACUCCUCCAUCAUGAAGUUGUCAUGCUUUAAUGUUACAUUUAAUAAUGUUUAUGGAAUUGUUAAUGCAUUUUUCUUAUUAUUUUUUCCUGCAGUCCUGAUAUUUUACACCUACAUUAGCAUCAUCAAGGUGUGUUUCUCUGGAUCCAAACAGACCCGACAGAAAGCUGUCAGUACCUGCACUCCUCACCUGGUUUCUCUGCUGAAUUUCUCUUUUGGUUCUUUCUUGGAGGUUUUAGAAAGCAGGUUGAAUAUGAGCAGUUUUCCCAACAUGCUUCAGGUCGUGGGACAGUCUUCACUGGUUUAUAUAAUCUCCUGUCAAACUCUGUUUAACCCACUUUUAUACGGACUGAAAAUGACUAAAAUACGGAGAAAGUUAGAUUUGUGCUUAAUAAAGACAGAGACAAUGUUCAAGUGCAACAGGGUGAGUUAUAUUGAAAUUGUUUAACAAAAAAAUAAAUAAUUACAUAUAAACAGUCGUGCACAAGAAUAAUGACAAGCAGUUCAAUUAUUUCAAUGAACACAAUUAUAUCCAAACGAAACAGUUGUUCAAUGAAAGUUUAUCAACCCAAGUAUGGUUGUGGUUCCACAGUUUGUAUAGCCCCACCAGGCUGUAUUAUUGUUCAGAGUUCGUUGGUGG